CUCCAUCCCACUCUCUUUGUCCACUUUUGACUUUUGGAACUGUUCAUCUAAGUACUUUGAUUUAUCAAAUUCUCUCAAUGUGUAAGCCUAAAUAUAGUCAUGUGUGAUCUUGUUUGAUUUGUCUUAACAUAUAGAUUAUUAAUAUAUAAUUUCUAUAAUUUUUUAAUAUACAAAUUACAAGAUAAAAUGGAUUAAAGAAGUGCAUUGGAUGGCCCAAGUCUCUCGUCAUCGAAUUAGAGCACCCAUGCGCACAAUCUGAUGGGCCUAAGGAGAAGCCCACAUCAUCCUACUCCAUCACCGGGGCUCUGAGAUCCUGCAAUUCCCUGAGCUUUGCUAGGUGAAUAUUUCUUCUUCUUCUUUUUCUUCUUAUCUGAGAUUUUCCAAAGACUUUCGUAAUCACCGGUAAAUAGCAUUCCAUUUUCGAUUUCUGUUUUUGUUUCUAUCCACUUCGAAUUUCCCGAUUAGGGCCUUACUGCGUGUCAAUUCCUGCAAGGGUUUAACAUUUGGCAGAGGAAGAUGAAGUUCGUCAUGGAAUUCGCCGAGAACAUGAUUCUGAGAAUGAUGGAGGAUCCGAAGGAGAGGGAUCGGAAGUUUCGCGAGCAUCUCUACACGUUGAAGGACAGGUGCAAGCAGACGAAGGAGAUGUGGAGCCUUCCUCUUCGUCCGUACGGUUUCUGGACUUUCGACCGCCACAAUGCUCAGAUAUUUUGGGACGCUAAGAUCAGCCAAGCUCCCGGCCGCCGUGAUCCGUACGACGACCUUCUUCAGGACGACCACCACGACGUCCCCACCCCUUACCCCUCUUCUACCACAUCCACUGACAAGUGAUUAUGAAGGAAGACAUGCAAGUAGCAGCUAGCCAGGUUGCUUGAAGCUUGGACUCUUGGCUUGAUGUUAGAAUUAGAAUUGGAAUAAGUUCUGCAUUGUGUGUGAGUUUAUGAUGAAUCUUUGUUUCUCGGGGAGGGCGUGGCCCACCUUACUCGUUGUGAUGAUGCUGCAUUUCGAGCCAUCAUAUGUGUCAUACUUUGUUGUAAUGCUUCAUUGUGAGCCAUCUUAUGUUUCAUAAUUUGCAAUUGAGACACUAAAAUAACGUUGUGUUC